ACUACAGUUCCCAUGUUCCCCAGCCCAGCAAAACUACAAACAGCAACAUGGCAGGAAUUGGAGCUUUCCUGAAGAAUGCGUGGAAUAAGGAGCCGGUGGUAUUGGCCGCCUGCGCAAUUGGACUUCUCGCCGUUACUGUUCCAUUAGUGAGUCCCUUAACGAAGUACUCAGGCAUGAUGAAUGCAGCUGUGCCAUACAACUACCCAGUCCCUGUGCGAAACAAUGGCAAGAUGGACGAUGUCCCCAGCCACCCUUGUGACCCUAAAGGACCAAACCUGGACUGGAUUAAAAGCUUGUAACCGUCCACAUUCCCUUCCCUGUACAGACCACAGCCCGUUGUUCCUGUCUCUCUGUGUCUGCUUCUCAGUAGAUGGCCCUCAAUAAAGAUGAUCUAUUUAAUACCA